UGUGAAUUAUUAACCGGGAAAGGGUAGGAGUGCCCUCCUUAGCAUAGACAAGCUCCAUUUUCUUCUCUCACACGGUUGAAAAGGGUCAAACGGGUUUGCAGCGAUUGUUUUCACACCCCUGAACCGGUAACCGUUGACAAGUGACAGGCGGAAGCUGCCCUCUGAUUGGUUGUUUUGCAUUCCGGAAGGGCAACUGGUCGCUUGGUUACAGAGGCUUUACUCGGUUGGGAAGAAGAGAGGUUCUGAUGCCAUUGGUUGUAACAUGGAUUCCAAAGAGGACAGCUUAAGUUCCCUGAAUCCAGUACUAAGAAUAAGCCAGCUGGAUGCUUUUGAACUGGAUGGAGCCUUAGAACAACUCAUAUGGUCCCAGUUUACCCAGUGUUUUCAAUGUUUCAAACCCGGCUUGUUAACACACUUUGAGCCAGAACUGAAAGCCUUUCUACAACUUCUGUUGUGGAGAUUUACAGUCUAUUCCAAAAAUGCAACAGUUGGCCAGACACUUCUGAAUAUCAAAUAUAAAAAUGACUUAUCUCAGGGACCAAAGUAUCAGCCAAUGAGUAAACAUCAGAAGUUAUGGUAUGCGUUAUGCACCAUUGGGGCGAAAUGGUUGCAAGAGAGAGCCCAUGAUUUAUUCAGUCAUCGCUCUCCAGAGUCAAGUAUUCACAAGAUGAAAUAUUUCAUCACUUUUAUAGUUGGACUUUUGAAGGUGGCUGGACUACUGAAUUUUCUUAUCUUUCUUCAGAAGGGUAGGUUUGCCACAUUUCCAGAACGACUCUUGGGAAUCAGAGCAAUUUUCUCCACACCUCAGGGUUUUCGUCAAGUUGGCUUUGAAUACAUGAAUCGAGAACUGUUAUGGCACGGCUUUGCUGAAUUCCUAAUAUUUCUUCUGCCAUUGAUCAAUGCAAGAAAACUGAAAACAGCUGUCUCAUCGUGGUUCCUUCCAGUAGGUCAUCGCCAUGAUAAUGAUGGCACACUAGCUAUCCACUGUAAAGAAUGUGCCCUUUGUGGUGAUUGGCCAACAAUGCCUCACACAAUUGGUUGUAAGCACGUUUUUUGUUAUUACUGCAUUAAAAGUAAUUACCUAUCUGAUGCUUACUUCACUUGCCCAAAAUGCAACAGUGAAGUCCAAAAUUUAGUACCUUUGACACCUGAAGUUCACAAGUCAGUCUGAUUCAAAUAUGCUUAACCCCUAAUUUUGGGAUUUGAACACAUAAUCUGGAUUGACAUUUUGAUGCAAUAUUUCAAGAACAGCUGAAUUGUUGAAGAUGCCAUCUUUUGGAUAAGAGAAAAUGUGGCCACAUUUACCUCGUUAGAUGGAUGUGAAAGAUUACAUGGUACUAUCUGCAGAGCAGGUGGUGACUGCUCCUAGUAUCUUAGCCAAAGUUGUUCCCUCGAUCAAACCUAUCAUUAUAAACAGAUUAGGCUGUUUAAUUUGCUAUUUGUAGAAACUUUCAGACAUCCUGAGGACAUCAUAAAUACAAUUAUUUUCGAAAUAAGAUAAAACAUGUACAUUUUUGGCUGCAGAAAUACAGAAAUCUUUUCUAAAUAAUUCACUGCAGAAAUCAUUUACCUAUCACCUCUGUAUUUUGCUAUCUGUCAGUUAAGACCAAAUUGUAUUGUUCCUGUUCCUUUACUAGUGAUUACAGUGUGUGACCUUUUUGGGUUUUAGAAAUCUAAUGUACUCAAUACGUAAGUACAUGAAUGAAAUUGAACAUAAUUUCCUUGCCAAAUGACUAUUGUGCUAAUACUUUGUGCAUUACUAGAGCAUAGUCAUUUGUUUUGAUUAACUUGAGAUCCUUUGUACCAAGCAUCUUAAUUUCAUCUGUAACACAUGGAAAUUCUUGAAAAAUGUCCUCAAUAUACUCUGUAUUUGCCUGCCGCCCCAAUUUAUUUGCUUUUAAAAUUCACUGUUCAUUAUACUGAAUCCUGUAUUACAACUAUAUUUGAGUAUUCAAUUUGUUCUAACCUAAACUUUGAUGAUGGAAAAAUAACUGUUUCUGUAGUGAAAUGAUGAUAGAAAAGCAGUGAAAAUAGCUGGAGGAGCUGUUGGUACUAUUAGCCCACCUCCCUCAUAAAAUUUUACAACACAAUAUUCUUCUUGGUCCAUUUUGCCUGCCCUGAGAGUAAACAUGUUUCCCAUAUUCUUUAAAAAUUUUCCUUUUCAAAUAUUUAUCCACUUCCCUUUCAAAGUUAUUAUGGAUUCUGCAUCUAACGUGAUUUCUGGUAAGAUAAUCCAUUUCCUAGCAACGUUCAAAAAACAUCAUCUAGCCUUCCCUUUAUUUUGGUGAUUUUAGUCUCCUCACCAAAAUUUCUAAUAAUCCUUGUAACUAAAGCCUCAACGUGGUGUAUAUAUAUCUUACAUCUCCUGUACCGUCUCCCAAACCUCAACAUUGUUUAUAACUUAGUUUCGUUAAAAGGGGCAUCGAAUACAAAACCUACAGAAAUGAUUGGUUUCACAACCGGUCUAAAUGUUUAGGAUUUGGUGCCUUAAAUUAUAAACAAAGAUCUCAAAUGACCCCUUUUAUGUUUUUACAACUUUAAGAGUGGGAUAAAGAUUUUAUUGAACUCCCGAAUCUAUCUGCUCUUUAGAGUUUGACCAUUGUGUAUAUAUUUUGUCUCUUUAUUCUUCAUCCCAAAAUAGAACACUCUAAAUUUAAUCCAACAUUCAUUAACUCAUCUACUAAUCUAUAUGCUCCUGAAGUCAUUUCAGGUACUCUUAAACAAUGGUCAUCAUAUUUGUGCCACCUGCAAAUUUUGAUGCUGUUCCCAAGUUCAAAUUACUUAAAUAUUUCAGCAUAAUUCUCAACAAGUUUUCUAUAAAAAUCUCAAUACAAAAUUAUUUGGUUACUAAAUUGGUCCAGAAAUUGCUAAGCUUUGCAUCUAUAGAUGUCAAAAUUACUUCCAUAAUGGUAUAGUAUGAACUUGGGCUUUAAGACAUAAUGAGUUGGGGUCACAGUGAUUGUGUGGAAGCAAGAAUUAAGGCAGGCUAACUAAUUUUAUUGAGGUGGAAGAGUGUUUCACCAGAUGCUUUUAUUUUAUCAAUGAUCAUUGCUUGUUUUAAACUUUGGGGGCGGAGGGUUUCGGGAAAAAAACAACUAAUUGAUGAUCUUUGAAAAAUCUGGGAAAGGUGGAAUAUUCAUUUUAGAAGUGCAUUCAUUGGCAGUUACUGUAUCCAUUUGCAUUAAUAAAAUGGUGAUUCACACAAAUGUCUACUA